AUGUUACUAGUGAAUGCCUGGGAAAUUCACAGGGAUCCUAAGGUUUGGGAUGAUGCCACGAGCUUCAAGCCUGAGAGGUUCGAAGGCGUAAAAGUGGAACCGAGUAAGCUAAUGCCGUUUGGGAUAGGAAGAAGAUCGUGUCCUGGUGCUGGCCUGGCGCAACGCGUGGUUGGCGUGGCCUUGGGUUCGUUGAUUCAGUGUUUUGAGUGGGAAAGGGUUGGUCCGGAGGAGGUUGAUCUGACUGAAGGGGUAGGCCUCACCAUGCCUAAAGCUGUGCCAUUGGAAGCCAGAUGCAAAGCCCGCGAUUUCGUCCCCAAUGUCCUACCAAAUGAAGCCUAA